AUGGAAGGGAAUGAGGACUCCAGAAAUGUUGUCUUCGGUACGGUACUUGUUUCAUACCAGGAAGCAUCGAGGUAUCUCGGGAGUGGUUUUAAAGAUGGAUGUGUGAGGAAGCUCGUUUUUACCGCUCCGCGAGCUGAAGUUAUCCAAAUAAGGGAAAUAGAAGAAAUGGCCGCUACAGCAGCAGCAGCAGCAGCACCAGGAGCAGAUUUUCAUUAUGGCAAUGCGGCGGGUGGUGGAGCUGGAUAUAAUGGAGCGGGUGGACCGCCGGGAGCUUUCCCUGGUGGUUAUGGUGGUGCUCCAGGAGGUUAUGGAGGAUAUGGUGCUCCAGGUUAUGGUGGUUAUGGUGGUUAUGGUUAUAUGGAUACCCAAAGUCCACUUGAUGCGGAAAUCCAGGUCGUGAUUCGUGAAAUACACAAUGAGCAGCAACUGAUGGAACAAGGCGGCGAAUGGGGUGAACAGUUCAAAAAUGCAAAACGACUACUAGCUGCUGAAGCAGAUAAAUUGGAAAAUUCCAUUGAUCCAGAAUGGCUCGAAGUUGAUAUUGCUAAACCAAUUAAAGUCUCGAAAAAGGUCCUGAUUCCCAACUUCAGGCACCCGCAUUUCAACUUUGUUGGUAAAAUUUUGGGGCCAAAAGGAGCAACGUUGCAGGCUAUGGCGAAACAGUUCAAGUGUCACAUUUAUGUACUUGGACGUGGUUCCACUAAAGAUCGAGCCAAAGAACAAGAAUUAUUGCAAAGUGGAGAUCCGCAAUAUGCUCAUUAUGGUGGGCCACUUCAUGUAAAAGUAGAAACAAUUGCGCCAGCACAUGUUGCAUAUCAGCGGAUAGCAGGCGUUUUAGAACAGCUUUCUGGUACUUUGCAACCAACACGAGAUGAAACUUUUGACAAAAUGAGCAAUCAGGGAGGAGGAGCAGGCGAUGGCGGUGAGAAAGCUGAUGGUGGAGAAGAUGGGAGUGACGAUCAGCCAGGUGGUGGAGCAAUGCGAGGGGGGAGAGGAGGUUUCCGUGGUGGUCGAGGCGGAGAACGUGGCGGUUUCCGUGGACGUGGUGGUGAUCGAGGAGGAAUGCAACGUGGUGCUUACAGAGGCGUUCGAGGGGGUGGUGAUCGUGGAGGGUAUCGUCCAUAUUGA